AGCGACAAACGAGAAAGAAUUGUUGCGCAUGCGCGUGCAAAGUAUACGUCAGCUCUUCGAACCCAUCCACAGAGCGACGUGGCUUCAUUUCUCUCAGCUCUUCUCAUCAAACACGGCGUUGGACAAGCAAACAUGGAUCAAGUCAUGCAGUUUGUGGAGCCCAGUCGGCAAUUCGUUAAGGACUCCAUACGGCUGGUAAAGAGAUGCACAAAACCCGACAGAAAAGAAUUCCAGAAAAUUGCAAUGGCCACGGCGAUUGGCUUCGCCAUUAUGGGCUUCAUUGGGUUCUUCGUUAAAUUGAUCCACAUCCCCAUCAACAACAUCAUUGUUGGUGGUUAAAAGCCCUGAACAUCUGAGACCAGAACACUGCUGUGUACAGUUGUGAUGUGAUGGGGGGUGAAGGAUGACAUUUUUACAUUCUGUUGACAUUUCUUUCACUUUGUAAAUAAAACAAAAGGCGAUGAA